AUGGAAGGGCCAGCUGCAGAUGUCCACGGCCGCUCUCCCGAGGGUAUCAAGAGGGGCAUCAUAGAGAGAGCCGACCUGGUGGUGGUCACCAAAGCGGACGGGGACUUGCUGGUUCCUGCCAGGAGGAUCCAGGCCGAGUACACCAGCGCCCUCAAGCUGCUGCGGAGACAGACGCGAUCCUGGAACCCAAAGGUGGUGCGCGCUUCGUCUUACACCAACGAGGGCAUCCCGGAGGUGUGGGCCAAGAUGGAGCUGUACAGAGACACCAUGUUGUCCAGCGGGGAGCUCCAGGCCCGGAGACAGGCCCAGCAGAGGGUCUGGAUGUGGAACCUGAUCCAAGAAAACGUACUGUCCCACUUCCAGACGCACCCUGCCGUGAGAGAGGCCCUGCCCCGUCUGGAGGAGAGGGUCACGAGGGGGGCCAUCUCUCCGGGACUGGCCGCUGAUCUGCUGCUCAAAGCCUUCGCGUCGUCGUAGGAGUCCAGGGUGGUGGAGGUUGAGCUACACUGCCAGUCAAAAGUUCUGACACACACUUCUUUAUUUCCGUGAUUAUUUGCAUUGUAGAUUCUCACUGAAGGCAUUAAAACUAUGAAUCAACACGUAAACACAAAAAUGAAGCAAAAAUAACUCAAAACUUCUUUCAGAUUUUAGAUUUUUGUAAAUACCCACCCUUUGCUUUGAUCACUGCUUUGCACUUUUGGCAUUUCUUGAACCAGACAAGACGCAGUAGUGAAGAGAAAAGCAUUUAUCAUGAAGCUCACUGAGAGAAGGCCAAGAGUUUGCUAGCCUGAUUCAUCAGACGGUUUUACUUUGUAGAAACUGUCUGACCUCGCAGCAUUACGAUUCGUUAGGCGGGUACUUUUUUUAUUUAACCAAUCGCUGCUAUUUGAUCGUGACGUAUGUAAUGCUCCAAAUUCCGUAGGAAGAAGGACAAUAACGUCUUUCUUCUUGAUAAAAUUCACCAGACAUUCUCUUUGUUCCGGCUUUAAAUCCUCGAUCUCGGGAAUCGUUGCCAACACAGAAUGUCUGUCUUUGUCUACAUCCAUCUUGACGUUUUGUUUACUGUUGUGCUGUUCCACAAAAGGGAACCAGACAGACGCUUGAGUUUGACGUCAUGGCUUCACAGCUCUUCGCCGAUUGGCCAGUGCACGAUCUACAACUUCCGGGGUUCUUGCAAACUGUCUAGUGUAUUCCGAUUCCUGAUCCUAGUCGUUGGAGAGAAAUGAAACUGAGCGGAGACACUAGGUGACAAGCCUGAUUCAUCUUCGUUUCACUUCGUACAGACCGUCUGACCUCGUAGCCUUAGAUUUCAUUCGCUCGACGGUAGGUGGGUACUUAUCAUUUAACCAAUUGCUGAUAUUUCAUCGUGUUGUAUGUAAUGUGCCGCUUACAGGGCUAACUGGUAUAUUAAGUUUUUCCCAAAUCCCGUAGGAAGAAGGGCGAUAACGUCUUUCUCCUUGAUGAAAUUCACCAAACAUUCUCUUUGUUUCGGCUUUAAAUCCUCGAUCUCGGGAAUCUUGACAACACUGAAUAUAUGACCCUUCGCUGAUUGACUGGUGCCCGAACUCGCACUUCCGGGGUUUUUGCAAACCAUCUAUUUUAUUUUGAUUCCUGAUCUAGUCGCUGGAGAGAAAUGAAAUUGAGCGGAGACAUUAGGUGACACCAGCCUGACUAAGAGUUUGCAGCACUGUCAGAGAAACAAAGGGUGGAUACUUCAGGAUUUGGAUAUAAAAUAUAAAAAUUCUGUUAUAUAACUUUUUUUCUACAUAAUUCCAUAUCUUGCUUCAUGUAUUUGAUGCCUUCUGUUUGUAUAUAAAAUGUAAACAUAAAGAAAAAAACCACUGAACGAGAGGGUGCGUCCAAACUUUUGACUGGUAGUGUAUGAAUGGACACUGCCAAACGGACAGAUACGGAUCUCUGUAGGUUUUUUUUUUCAAAUUUCACUGGAACAAUCUCUGAACUGGACAUAAUAUUCCGAUUUCUGUUUGAAUUAUCUGCUCGGUUUAACAAGGACCAUGUUGGACGUUGAGAUGGAAAAAUCACAUGACAAACAUUACCUCUGUUGUUUUAUUUAAGCAUGAUAAGAAAUGUUGUUAUUUGAAGUGAAACCCGUUUAUGGAGUCUCAGUGUGAUCCAUAAACUUUCUAACUUUGUCGUCGAACAUUCAUGUAUUGGGUUCAAAUCCACAACAACAACAAAAUAUUAACGCUUUUGAUAAUGAAUAAUGACUGUUGUGAUACAAUAAUACACUGGAAUGAGGCUUAUCAAACCGGUGCUUUUUAAAUAUUAUAAUUUAAAGCUUCCAUAUUACGCAAAAUUGACUCUUGUGAGAUUUAAACCAUGUUAUAAUGUUGUCUCCUCUUCAAAAACACACUUCGAGUUGUGUUUUUGUUUCAUUCAUUCACUCCUGUUUGAGUAAUCCUGGUUUAUUAGUCUGUCUACAUCUCCAAAAUCUGAAAAUGCUCUGUUCCACUUUGUGAUGAAGCGUUUGUUUUCAACUACAACCUUUGUUUUGUAGAGAUGGGCAAUUCCAGGGCUGAAAUUAUCCCGUGUGUUUUCUGUUUGAGAGAAGAACUCAGCCUGAAUACGCAGAGUUUGUGUGUCAAACAUGAGUGAAUGAAACAAAACACAACUCAAGGUCUGUUUGUGACGAGGAAACAACAUUACAACAUAGAUGAGAAAAUGUAUAGGCUGCAAUACAGGCAGUUUAAAUACACACAAGAAAAAAUUUGUUUACAACAUAAUGUAAGUUCAUAACAUUAAAUCUACGCAAUAUCAUGAUAUAAAAUGAAAACUGAAUUGUAAACUAUUUUUGUCUUCA